UAUUCGCCUUUUUCUUGACAAACUUACACUAUCAGUAUAUAGAAGUGAAACUCGAUCAAUUAUAUAAGUUAGAAAAAGGCUACAUUCUCAUCUUACAUGUUCAAGAAAAUAAAAUGAAAAUUUCCAAGAUUUGUGAAGAGCUUAUCAAGCCAUCAUCCCCAACUCCACAUGAACUUAGAGACCACAAAAUCUCUUUCAUAGAUGAAAGAAUACCUCAUUCUUCAAUCCCACUCAUUUUGUUCUUCAAAAAGAAUGAAAACAUCACACAAUCACAAAUAUGUAGCCACUUAAAAUCUUCACUUUCACAAACUUUAACUCAAUUUUACCCUUUGGCUGGAAGAAUGAAGUCCCAAUAUUCAAUUGAUUGCAAUGAUGAAGGAGUUUACUAUCAAGAAUCACAAGUGGAUGCUUCACUUUUAGACAUAAUCAAGAAUCCAAAAUCCAAUGAAUUAGUCCAACUCACACCUUACAAUUCAAAUGGCUCUUCAUCAAAUUUUCAAGAACUUCUAGCCAUUCAAGUUAACUUAUUCAAUUGUGGUGGUAUAGCAAUUAGUAUCUCCAUUUCACAUAAGAUUGGUGAUGGUUCUAGCCUUUGCACAUUCAUCAUUAAUUGGUGCAAUACAAGUGAAGGAUUAAUAAGAAACACUACUUUUGAAGCGUCCAACACGCACCUGUCAACAUUUUUGAAGAGCCCUAGCAACAUAGGGGCUAACAAGGUACGAAAAGACUCUAUUUUCGUCUCUAUAUCGUCAACAUUUCCACCAAGAGGGAUAUGUGAUGACAUCCCAAAGGAAAAAUGCAUACCAAUUCAUCCUGUAGCUGAAAACCUAGCAGUAAAAAGAUUCAUUUUUACUAGUUCAAAUAUAGCUAAAAUGAAGGCUAAGUUGAUAAAUUGGGGAUACAAUGAGAACGCGACACGUGUCGAAGUUAUUCUAGCUUUGUUAUGGAAAUGUUUCAUGGCUGCAAAAGGGUGUAACUCAGUUGCAAUUAUUCCAGUGAAUAUAAGGCAAAUCAUAGUUCCACCCUUAAAUGAAAAUUCAUUUGGUAACUUUUUUUUGGUAACAAGUUGUGUAGCAAGUGUGGAAAAUGAAUGGUGUUCAUUGGUAGGAAAAAUAAAUAGUGCAAUUAGGAGAAUUGAUGGUAAUUACGUGGAGAAAAUACGUGGAGAGGAUGGUUUUGAGUUUGUAAACAGUAAUUUUAAGCAAGUUGGAGAAUUGAUUAUGAGUCAAGGGGAUGAUAUUCGUGUGUUAAGAAUUUCAAGUUGGUGUAAAUUUCCAAUUUAUGAAGCAAACUUUGGAUGGGGUGAGCCUAUUUUAACGAUUGUCGCGUUUCUCGGGGUAAAAGAUAAUAUUGUUUUAUUAGACUCUAAAGAAUUUCUUGGAGGAAUUGAAGCUUGGGUUGUUAUGGCGGAUCAAGAAAUGACACUUUUUAAACAGGACAAAGAACUUCAAGAUUUUACUUCGUUCGAUGCGAUUGGUGAUCUCAAUUGAUCGAAGUUCAAUUUAAUUUUUUAUAAAUCAAAAAGUAAUAUUAUGUAUUGUUAUAAAUCUACUUCUAUUUAUUUUAGUUCUUUCUAUUUUAA